AUGGGUUCAUCAAAAUGUUUAUCGACAAGAGUAACUUCGUUUAUUUUAUAUUUAAUACCGUUGAUAUACUCAGCCCUAAUUAUAAUAUUUGGGACAGUUGAAUAUAAGAAUAAUAAUCCAUGCAACUUACUAUUUUUGUGUAUGUUUUAUGGAGUAGUGAUUAUUGUAGUUUGUUUGGUUGGGUGUUGGGGAGUCAUAAAAGAGAAUGCAACUUCAGUUAGAUCGACACUAAUAUUGUUAAUUGUAAAUAAUAUUAUUAUGUCCAUGCUAAUAACAUUCUUGUUAAUAGAUACAUUAAAAUAUCCCCAUAUUGCUAUUAUUCAUAAAGCUUCAAGAUUAUUACAAUUUAUAGUAGCAAAAAAAAGAAUUGGAUUAAUUUUUUGCUCUGUAAUUUAUGCAUUGAUAUUUUUUUCUUUUUGUUUUAUGUGGAAUAUUGGAGAUUAUUUGGCACAACUUGAUGCAAAAAUGUGCUUAGACGAUAUAAGAACUUCUCAUGAUCGUAUGCAAAACAAUAAAAAAAAAUAUUCUAAACAAAUUAGUAAAGAUGAAACCGAAUUUUUAUUAAAGGUAUAA